AUGGCUUCUGGAUACGGACUUGCUGGUGGCCCAUCCCGCUGCUUCCCCUUCUGGCAAGAAGUCCUCGCGUGCUACACGACCAACACAACCGCCGAGGACAACUCCGGCAAGGCAAAAUGCUCCCCCGUUCUUGAAGACUACUACGAGUGUCUUCACCACAAGAAGGAGGCCGCACGCACUCUUGCCCUGCAAGCCGCCUACCGCAAGGCCGAAGCCAACAUAACACGCGACGAUGCACCUUCUGCGGGUGAGAUAAGGCGCCUGGGUGUUUUGGAUGCUCCACUUGAGGAGAAGAAUCUUAAGCCGAGCAAGUGGUUUCCUCAUAGGCAGAUCAACUAG